ACCCAAGGGAUCACCAGAGGGAGAAGAACUUCAGGAAUCAUCAGAGACAGAGGUUCCAGAGAGAUCACCAAAGACAGCAGAACGUGAGGAAUUACCAGAGAGAGAAGAUGCCAAAGUGCCACUUAAAACAGAAACUAGAACAGAGCCAUCAGAGGUAAACCCACAGAAGUCCUUUAGAAGGAGAACACAGCAGGUGAGACGGGACCUAACACAGCUUCAGAAACUGUUAGAGAAAAAUAAAGAAAACCCCGCCCAGGUGAAAUCGUUGAAAGAUAAGAUUCGUUCAGCUCUUGACGUCCCUAAGGAGUGCUGGGUACCGGCUGGACAAUCCCUCAAAGAGCUGGUAAAGAAUCUGCACAAACAGCUCAGUUUCAUGGAAGACACAUCCACCUCUCCUCCUGGAAACCUUUCUGAUGAGGAGGUGUUAAGUAAUGCGUCUGAAGGCCUGUCUCUGCAGGGAAUCUACUGCACUGGGGUUCUGAAGAACAUGCUGGAGAAGAGAGAGCAGCUCAUUGAGGUUCCUGAGGGCUUCUCACUGCACAGACCCCAGCACAGCUCCCUUUAUGAGCAGGAGGAGUUUUCAUCCUAUAAAUCACAGGCCCUUUUCCAGAAGGUCAUGGAAAAUCUGGGCUACUCUUUCAGCACUUUAGUAACAGGUGAAUUCAAGGCCUUCUCUGCUGCAAACACAGUAGGUCUCUCACACUCUACAGACAAGGAGAAACCCCCAUCUGCACACCCAUGCAUAUGGAAAACAAAGUACAACUAUGUACCACUGGCGUCCAGCUUUUUUGAGAAGAAUAGACUGAAGUUGUCAGGUGCUGCCAUGAGAGACCUCCGAGAUAUAGAAACGGCGCUGUUAAAGAGUGAAGAAGAUAACAUGUUCCCUAUGUUAAUAAACAGAAUGGAUAGUUUUUUUAAGAGAUUUGGCACCCAUGCUAACCAGGGUCCUGUUCACUUUGGUGGGGUGUUCUGGUGGAAGGCCUCUGGUGAGGGUUUCAGCAGCAAUGAUCUCACAGGGAUGAACAGCCUGACAUCUGACAAGCUCUAAAUAUCUAUGUUGGUCAUGGAUACUGUGCAUUAACCACAUCUUGUUCAGCUGGAGUGAGCAAGUCUGCAUCAGAGCUGAAAGGACACUUUACUGGGAACUACAGUGAAACCCAGAUGAGCGGAGUGAAGCUCUCUGUCUCUAAAAGUGGGGGUCCUGCUGAAACUCACAAUCACCUGCAGUGGAAGUGUGCUCUGGUCAGCAGCAACAGGACCUGGCAGGUGAUAGACAGAGGAACCAGGCUGAUUCCUGUGUGGGACAUCAUCCUGUCUGCUCACACUCAAGACUUCACAGACCCUUUCAGACUGAGCAGCAGCCUGCUGGAGGCCUACAGAAGGAUCACAGGGCAGGACGCAGACCUGAUGUCAGGAGAGAGGGAGCUCUCGGCACAGAGAGAGGCUGAGGAGCUGAUUCAGACAGUGAAGAACUGGACUGUGUCCAACAGUGAACAGGUUCUGACUGAGCUGCUGCAGUUCAAGAGUAAACUGAGAGAAACAACAGGGUCCCACAGAAUCUGGUUUCAGACCUGUCUCUCUAACAAGGUCCUGCAAGAUGUUUUACUGGAAGUUGUUAAAAAGCACAAACAUGAGGAAGCAAUAAACCUGCAAACGAUGAUGCGCUCUCUCAUGGAGCCUCACCUGUACACAGUGAAAAACGUCCCAAACAGAGCCAAAAUCAUGGAGUGGGCCUACCAGGCUGAGGAGGAAAUAUUCAAAGUUGUCUCUGUUUCCGAGUUCUCUGAACUGACAGAAAUCCUGAGGAGAACUAAAGAACUAGCAGAUUCUACAUUAGCACUCAGUGACUCUGUAACUGUGCGUGAGGCCAAGAUCAAAGCCACAUGCACUAUUGCCUUCUCCCUGAACUCCCUGCGACAGACUUUAACACAGAACAAUGAGGGAGAAGCAGAACUGCUGGUACUUUCGGUCAUCACAUCUGUAGGAUACAGCUUGAAGAACAACAGUUUCAGUCACCCUCUGGGCUGGAAAGACAUUGACUUUUUAGAGAAUGAGCUCCAGAAGGCUUAUGACAAAGACUGCUUACUGAAAGGGCAACAUCCUACAAGAGCUCAGGCCCACUUAGUGCUCACAGCUCUGACUGCAUCAAAAAACAAACAGUCAGUCACCUCAAAGGAUAAGGAGAGGCGACUACAGUUGAUAAAAUCACAGCUAAAGGGGAAAAUGAUCCCUGAAGUCUCCUCAGCAAUCACAUGUGCAAAUGUAUAUCAGGACUGGAAACGACUUGAACUGCAGUUGACACACUUGACAAACAGCGAGGAACGAGAAGAUUUUAUGAAUUUGCUUCAGAAACUGGGUCUAAAGUGCCUAUGCCUUAAACAGCAAAAAAAAGAUAUUCUUGUCAUAGAUAGUGCCUCACAAAGUGUGAACAAUCCCAGAGAGGAGAGCCAGCUCUGUUUCCACUACCUGUACAAGCUCAUGAUGCUGGACUACAGUGUCCGUUUUUUUGUUCUUAAAGUUCCGGAUACUGACUGUAAGGAAAACAGUGCCACCACAGUGCAGUGUUCUAGUGGUCCUGAAAAAAGCAGUUUUGGCUUCUUCAGUAUUGGCGAGGAAGAUGUUGAGAAGGAAAAGAAACACAAGACUCACAUUCACCCCAUGGACGUCCACAUGGCUGUGUUCCACUACUCUGAUGACUUCCUGAGGCAGUACCUCUACACCAAGCUGUCCACCUGUCAGUUCGCCUUACCCCUGCUGGUGCCCAGCCCCUGGACUGGGGCACUGGAGUUCCCUCUGUGGGCCCUGAGGCAGAUCAAGAAAUCAUGGUGCUGCAGGGAGCCAUCUGAGAGAGGCAGCUCUGUGAAACACAACUGCAGGGACAUGUUCAAUGCUCCAGUGCCAACGGUGUCCUUCAUCAGGCUGGGAUCAUCCUCCGUCUCCAAAUCCCAGAUCCUAAACAGCGUCGUCAGCCCCAAGAGACACAGUGUGUUUUUCCACCGGCACUGCAGGGGCAGCUCCCCACACUGCCUGCUCAUGGACGGGGUGGUGGAGAUCGCCUGGUACUGUCCAGGAGGCAGGAAGGACGACGUGUUCGACAGCUGUGUGGCUCUCCUGAACCUUCACGGUGAUGCCAGCAAACACCCAGAACAGCUGCAGUUUCUCCAGGAGGUCAGCGUUGUCAAUGUAGUUCUGAUCACAGAGACUCCACUGGGGGAAGAAGUGAAGAAGACAGCUGAGGCUCUUUUCAACUCUCCUGUUCCCCUAAUCUGUCUGUUUGCUGGCCUGAGUAAAGUCCCACAAGGAAACAAUCCAACCAAGGUGAGACUGGCUGCCAAGAACAGGAACGAAGCUGAUCUGACUGAUGAGAUAGUAUUACACGUCAAACACUGCAUCUCCACUGUGAACAAGAGCUCCAGCCUGCAGACAUACUUACAGGCUGCGAGACAGCAGCAGUUCAGGGUGGAUGAAGACAGUGAAGCCUGUAGAGAAGGGAAGGAAAAGGCUGAACUUCUGAUGAGCCUCCUGAGAGAAGAUGAGUUAAUAAACCUCAAGGAGAAGCUGCUGCCUCUGCAGGGCAAGCUGUGGCACAAGUGGUGCCUGAAGGACAAAGAACAGUAUCGUCUGAACAGCAGAGUGAACACAAGUAUUGAACAGCAGGUGAGCAAUAUCAGGGCUGAGAAAAGAGCCCUCCGCCGUGAGCAGCUAAAGAGAGCUUUCCCUCUCCAUGACUUCAUGAGAUCCUUCCUGGAGUGUUUAGCUUCUGCAGAUCCACAAGACAUUAAACUGUUCAUGCUGCACUGGCUGGGGAUGUAUCUAGAUGAACUGACUGCAGACACACUGAGUGAACUUCAGAAGAAAUUCCACUCCACAUGGAAAACACUGAGGCAGAAAGAGAAGAGCAAGGACAAGGAGCAGGAGAUGAAACUGCAGAAAGACCUGAGCACCAUAUCUGAAGAGAUCACUGCUGCUACUCUCGGACUUCAACACCUCAUGAGAGAAACCACUCAGCUUCAUGAGGCUGUUCAAUCAGAAGGAGAGGGUCUAGAAGAGUACAGACAGUUUGUCAGUGUCUUUCCCGCUGUCGGAGCCGAGAUGCUGAUGUCAGGACAUCCUCUGGAGCUGAUGGACGGAGAUGCUGCCCAUGUGCCCCUCCUGUGGAUUGAGGCUGUCCUAGACAAACUCAAGGAAAAAAUUGGAGACAGAAAGGUGUUUGUCCUCUCUGUUCUUGGAGUCCAGAGCUCGGGAAAGUCCACUCUGCUGAACACGAUGUUCGGGCUGCAGUUCACAGUGAGUGCAGGAAGGUGCACCAGGGGAGUGUUCAUGCAGUUAGUGCGAGUGAGUGAGGAUGUCAGAGCUCAGCUGCAGUAUGACUUUGUCCUGGUGGUGGACACAGAGGGGCUUCGGUCACCAGAGCUCAGUAAUAAAACCACACUGAGUCAUGACAAUGAAUUAGCAACGUUUAUUAUCGGGAUUGGUGACAUGACUGUGAUCAACAUCAUGGGAGAAAAUCCCUCUGAAAUGCAGGAUAUUCUCCAAAUCUGCGUCCAGGCAUUUCUGAGAAUGAAGUCUGUUCAGAUCAAACCAAGUUGUGUUUUUGUGCAUCAGAAUGUGGCAGAAUCUUCAGCAAACAGCAAGAAUAUGGAGGGAAGGAGGCGCCUCCAGGAGAAACUGGAUGAAAUGUCCCGCAUUGCUGCCAAAGAGGAAGGCUGUGAAGUUACCGGCUUCAGUGACAUUAUCCAGUUUGAUGUGGACUCACAGGUUUUCUACUUCAAAAACCUUCUGGAAGGAGACCCUCCGAUGGCUCCUCCCAACCCCUCCUACAGCCAGAACGUCCAGGAG